AUGAACUUCCUUGCCCGCUCUGCCCGCGCCGUCCGCCCCGUCCGCAUGGGACCUGGAUCGCGUAUUCGCAGCUACGCCACUGAGGCUGCUGCCGCUGGUCUCCGUUUGACCUUCGCUGUCCCCCACCAGACCAUCUACAAGGAUGUUUCCGUUGCCCAGGUCAACAUUGCUGCCGUCUCCGGUGACAUGGGUAUCCUUGCCAGCCACGUUCCCUCCAUUGAGCAGCUCCGCCCUGGAGUUGUUGAGGUUAUCGAGGGUGCUGCCACCAAGAAGUUCUUCGUCUCUGGAGGUUUCGCCACCAUGAACCCCGAUUCCACCCUCAACAUCAACGCCGUUGAGGCUUUCCCCGUUGAGGAUUUCAGCGCUGAGACCAUCCGCGCCAACCUCGCUGAGGCCCAGCGUCUUUCCAACGCUGCUGCCACCGAGGAGGAGAAGCUCGCUGCCAAGGUUGAGGUCGAGGUUCUCGAGUCCCUCCAGGCUGCCGUCCUUGCCAAGUAA